AUGGAGGAGUUCUCCCAGCUGGGAAGCAAUCCAUGGGGAAGCUUGAUGUGCACCCCUUCUUCAUCGGCCAAACAAACUACUGCCACAGCAGCUUCUGCCUUCGAUAGAAGAUACUGCGUUCCGAACCCUUUUCUGCCCAGCGACCACCACGAAAACCCCAACCUGCUCCAAGCAAAACCCGAUGUGGCUUUCACUUCUCAAAUCCCACAAGGCGAUGUUGACGCCAUCAAGGCUAAAAUCGUCUCCCAUCCGCAGUACUCCAGCCUUGUGGGAGCGCCACCUGAAGUAGCUGCGCGGCUCUCGGCCGUUGCCCAAGAGUUUGAGAUGAGGCAGCGGGCGAGUUUGAUCUGCCGCGACGCGGUAGCAGACCCAGAGCUGGACCAGUUCAUGGAGGCGUACCAUGAUAUGCUCGUCAAGUACAGAGAAGAGCUGUCAAGGCCGCUGCAAGAGGCCAUGGAGUUCCUUGGAAGAAUGGAGUCUCAGCUCAACUCCAUCUCGGACAACACUGGUUCUCUUCGCAUAAUAUCCAAUGAUGACAAGUUUGGAGUUUGCUCUGUGGAAGAGAACCAAGAAGGCAGCGGCGGAGAAAUGGAUAUCAUGGAGCUCGAUCCAUGCACCGAGGACCAAGAGCUGAAACACCAUCUCCUCAAGAAGUAUGGUGGAUACCUAAGCAGCCUGAAACAAGAGCUUUCCAAGAAAAAGAAGAAAGGGAAGCUUCCCAAGGACGCUCGACAGCAGCUGCUCAACUGGUGGGAGUUGCAUUAUAAAUGGCCAUAUCCCUCGGUAAGUACUCUUCUCUCGAUCAUCAAAACUAGCCAAAGCACUACAUCGAUGCUGAACCUGCUCGUAUAACCAUGAACAGGAGGCGCAGAAGGCGGCAUUGGCGGAAUCAACCGGACUCGACAUGAAGCAGAUCAACAACUGGUUCAUAAACCAAAGGAAACGCCACUGGAAACCAUCAGAGGACAUGCAGUUCGUCAUGAUGGAUGGGUACCAUGCCCCAAACGCUGCUGCUCUCUACAUGGACGGCCACUUCAUGAGCGAAGGUCUGUAUCGCUUCGGUCCCUGAGCUGCAACCAUGCAUAUUGUGUGCCACGAGCGAGCUCUUAAGGUUUCAUCGGAACACUGGAAGUCCACCCCCAUGUUGUGUUGUAUCUGUGUUGACCGUAUCGUUGGUAAUGCUAUCGGUUGUAUUUUGUCGUC